GCUCCAAGCUCGCGCACAUCGACGGACUCCAGCUUAAGUUCUUCUGGCUUUCGAUUCUGCCUCCUACUCCCAAAUUGCUCUCUGCGAGAGGUGGUGGUGAUCGGCUCGCAAUGGCGGCGGACGACGCGUACGACUUUCCUCCGGUAGCCGGCGACGAGGAGGUGGGCGAUGUGAUGGAGGGACUCGACGACGAUGGCGGCCUUGCCGAGGAGGAGGAGGCGGUUUACUCCCCCGCGGCGAUGAAGGUCGGGGAGGAGAAGGAGAUCGGGAAGCAGGGGCUGAGGAAGAAGCUCCUCAGGGAGGGGGAGGGGUGGGACCGACCGGAGACCGGCGACGAGGUCCAAGUUCACUACACGGGCACUCUCCUCGACGGAACCAAGUUCGAUUCCAGCCGCGAUCGGGGAACCCCCUUCACGUUCAAGCUCGGCCAAGGCGAGGUGAUCAAGGGGUGGGAUCAGGGCAUCAAGACGAUGAGGAAGGGCGAGCAGGCGGUGCUCACCGUCCCGCCAGAGCUGGCGUACGGCGAGGCGGGCUCCCCGCCGGCUAUCCCGGCCAACGCCACGCUGCAGUUCGACGUCGAGCUGCUGUCGUGGGCCAGCGUCAAGGACAUCUGCAAGGACGGCGGCGUCUUCAAGAAGGUGCUCGCCGAGGGCCAGAAAUGGGACAACCCCAAGGACCUCGAUGAGGUGCUCGUCAAAUACGAAGCGAGGCUCGAGGAUGGAACUGUGGUAUCGAAAUCAGAUGGUGUCGAGUUUGCAGUCAAAGAUGGCUACUUCUGCCCGGCGCUUUCCAAGGCUGUCAAGACGAUGAAAAAGGGCGAGAAGGCCCUCCUCACUGUCAAGCCACAGUAUGGCUUCGGUGAACAAGGCAGACCGGCUUCUGGAGACGAAGGUGCAGUGCCCCCAAAUGCUAUCCUCCACAUUGAUCUUGAGUUGGUGUCCUGGAAGAUUGUCACUCUGAUCGGCGACGAUAAGCGAAUCCUGAAGAAAGUCCUCAAGGAAGGAGAAGGCUAUGAGCGCCCUAACGAUGGAGCAAUAGUCAGAGUGAGAUUUAUCGGCAAGUUGGAGGACGGCACCGUGUUUGCCAAGAGAGGCCAUGAUGGUGAUGAGCCAUUUGAGUUCAAGACAGAUGAGGAGCAAGUCAUCGAAGGGCUCGACAGAACGGUUGUCACCAUGAAGAAAGGAGAGGUUGCAUUGGUGAGAGUACCACCUCAACAUGCGUUUGGAUCCACUGAAACGAAGCAGGAUCUUGCCGUGGUUCCUGCAAACUCCACUGUCUGGUAUGAAGUGGAGCUUGGCUCCUUCGAGAAGGAGAAAGAAUCAUGGGAUUUGAAGGACAAUGCUGAGAAGAUUGAAGCAGCUGCCAAGAAGAAAGACGAAGGGAAUGUGUGGUUCAAGAUGGGAAAGUAUGCUAAGGCAUCCAAGAGAUAUGAAAAGGCGGCCAAGUUCGUUGAAUAUGAUAGCUCCUUCAGUGAUGAUGAGAAGAAGCAAUCUAAAGCACUCAAGGUUAGCACCAAGCUCAACAAUGCUGCUUGCAAACUGAAGCUGAAGGAAUACAAGGAAGCAGAGAAACUCUGCACUAAGGUUCUGGAACUGGAGUGCACAAAUGUGAAAGCCUUGUACAGAAGGGCACAGGCAUACAUUCAGCUUGCCGAUCUGGAACUAGCAGAGUUGGAUGUCAAGAAAGCACUGGAGAUUGAUCCUGACAAUAGGGAUGUGAAGAUGGUGUACAAGACACUGAAGGAGAAGAUCAAGGAGUACAACAAGAGAGAUGCCAAGUUCUACGGCAACAUGUUUGCGAAGUGGAGGAAGCUGGAACACAUGGAGAACAAGAAGGUGCCGGGAAAGCAGGAGGCACAGCCAAUGGCCAUUGACAGCGCUGCCUAAGGAUAGCUCUGCUUUCUUUUCUGAACCUGGUUACUGCUUGUCCUACCGUGUACUACUACUGGUCUUAUGAGUAUUAAUGGACUUACUAUGGUGUUAAUUUGCCCUUUGCUUGUUAGUUGCAAUGCCGCAACUUUCCACCCAUAUCUGCUCAGCGGUGUAGUUGCCGUCAUCUGAUGCUGUGAUUUUAUUGUGGUGUUAAGAGCAAAUAUACCGUAACGACAUUUUGGACU